UGUUCACCCAUGAGAGACACACAACCAGCGGCGACACGCUCCGCUCACGUUGCGAGGGUGAGGGCUCGUUUUUCACUCGCCAACUGGUUGUCCUUUGCCAUUUGUCUUCCGCGUUGAAUUCAAACACAUCGCGAUCGGAGUCUUAGAUUGGCGGAAAAAUCCGUGGGAUAAAUUGUGAGACGAGUUGUACAUGUCAUCUUGGACUGCAGGUGGUCCUGCGUACGACGUAUGAAAUGAAGUGUCGAAAGCGGUGACAACAGUUUUUGUUACUAGCUAAGUGAAGUGACAAUGAAGUGUUAAUAACGAAAAAAAAAUUAGACAGCGUGACAAUUAGACAGUAUGCUUUAUCGAACUGCAAUAGAUAAUUAAAAUUUGUCAAGCUAAGACUCAUGGAGAAUAUUGUGUGUGUCAGUACAAGUGAUCUUAUAUGACAAGUUGUAGAUCAGUGAUAAUUGAUCCGUAUCGAAAAAUUUUGAAAAAAGAUAUCCGAAAGAAAAAAAGUUUUGGAUAGAAAAGGAAACUUUACAAGUAUUAAUUAUCGGCAUAAGACAAAUUCGGAAAAAUUUCUGAAAGCAAGAUCACAGAAGAAAAAAAGUUUUAUGAGGACUGUUACCAGGCAUAUGCCUAGCAUAUGCCUUCGUUUAUCUUGUCCAUCUUCGUAGAAUUCUUCGUAAGUAAGAGAUAUAUAUAUAAGAGUAAGAUAUAUAUAUAUAUAUAUAUAUAUGUCGCAAUUUGACAUAUCUAGCUGAUGACAAUUAUCUGAGUCUUUUCGCAUUUGCACAACGCGCUUACCAAGGCAAAAGAAAGGAGAGCGAUCGACUUGUGCAACCUCUUGCAUCGCUUCAGCUAUCUUGAAGAAUUAAUUGCGUGUAUUCAUUGUAGUUCAUUGGUUCUCGAGAAAUAAGAAAGAACGCGUGGAAUUGUUUAUCAUCUGCUAAAAAAAUUCUGCUGCAUUUUAAUAAAAGUGGAUAGAAUUGUGUCUGGACGAAAUUGAUGAGCAUAUUUUAUACUGUGAUCAACGUAGAUGCCUAAUCUUUCGUAAUUUAAUUAUUAUUUCUUCUGUUUUCUUCGCGAUAUAUGCAUGAAGCAUUUUGUGAUUGUGAUAUAGCGCUGAAAAAAAUUAAACAUUUCUUUAUAAUAAUAUAACUAAACAAAAAUAAGUUGUGAUUUUGAUGGAUGAACGCACGCGAGACAUAUUUUAAAAUUAUAAAUAUCGGAAUUAAGUAUUAUAUAAUAGAAAUAUGUUUAUUAUCAUCCCUAUGUGUUAAUUUAGUGACUUGAUAAAUUUUUAAAUAAACGUAUCUCGGACAAUCGAAAUAAUUGGUGUAAAAAGAAUAUAAAAGAGGACAUGACUGUUAACAGCAGCAUUCAACAACAUACCAUCGAAUUUUUUAUGAACUGCACAAUAUGCUGUUAAUUACAGCGUUGAUUUAAUGUAUCUGUAGAUCGUGAAUAAUUUUAAAUAUUUCAAAUAAUAUUUAAAUCAUUGAUCGUGUCGAGCCAUCGAAGAAAGUAAAAUUAUCCAAGAUAUACACAUAUAUCUCUCAGAACAGUUGACAACAAUAUAUUAAACUACUUCACUGUCGAAUCUAGUGAUUCCGAAUGAUUCUUCACGCUUAAGCCGAUCGCGGUGCGCCAUCGACGGAGUUGGAGGACGAGUUAAGGAGUGGUGUUAUUCAAAAGGGUGGUGCGACGUUCGGGUACGCAAGUCUGCAGGCCAGCUCUGGGGUGCCGGGCCCGGGCGGGGUGAUGAGCUGCUCCGAUGUGAUGUAUCAAUAUUAUCCUUAUCUUUACCAGACCCACCGGCCACCGCCGCCGCAUCCAACCCAUCCCCAUGCGGCCCCGCACAGCCAUCCCCAUGCCAAUCCGCACGCGGCCCACCACAGCCCGGCUAGGCCGGCGCCCUUUCAACCCUUCCCGGCGGCUACGGCGACGCAUCAGUAUGACAGGCUAAAUGUUCAUCAAAGGUCGUUGGAAGCAGCUGGUAUCGAGAUCUGCGGCACCGGCGGAAGCGUCCCUCAAGGUCAGCCGAGCAGCGCGGGUUCCGUAGGGUCCGCGCCGAGUCCCGCAUCCCCAAGGCCAACGCCGCAACCGCGACCACCCCUCGCAACCACCACCUCGCAACCCUCGCGAACACUGGACGAUGACAGAUCGGCGGACGGCGUAGGUGCUGGUACCGCUACUGAGGACUCCGACGACGGCGAGAGCAGGGCGCAAUACGUUAACGCGAACUGCGUCGUGUUCACGCAUUAUCGAGGCGACGCGGCGUCGGAAGUCGAGGAGCACUUUCAGAGAGCCCUCGCUCACGACAAGUUAAAGGAAAAUAUCUCUCCCAUGUCCAUGAGGAAUUUCCCCCCUUCCUUUUGGAAUAGUCAGCAUCCCGGUGAUGUCUACGAGUAUCCGACGGAUCCGUGGCAUUACCCGCAGUACCACCACAGAGCUGUACACGAGUACCACCACCACAAUAUGGCGGCGGCGGCGAGUUACAGUGGCCUUCUGCUUGGUGGUGCACGCAGCCUCGGCCACCACACAUCUCACCAUGCGGCGCAUCACGCGCACGCUGCAGCAUCCUACAAGGAGUGGACGUCGACGACGCCGUCGCAGUCCCUUGUCGACGCUUCGUCGGCGCCGCCCUAUCCUCACGGCCACUACGCACCCCUCUCCGGUAAGACUCGAGUCUCAAGUUCAGGAUUCCAAGGACCUCUACUGGUUCUAGGAUCGAGCGAUGGAGAUCGGCAGGAGGCAUGCGGUUUCCUUAAAUUCAGAGGACGACUGAACGAUUGUGUUUUGAUUAAUGAGAAAAUUUAAUGACGCGAUUAGAUCGUAUAAAAAUACAAAUGUAAGAGGAACGAGGACAUUGUUGAGCAAAAAUGACGACCGGGCGUUCGUCGCGUUGUCGUUUGUUCAUCGUUGUACAUAAUGUUACCUACGUCUUUUAAGGAUCUACUACUAGUAUAAAAAAGAUAGUAUUAGACGAAUUAUAUUUGCGCGCACUAUUACCUUUAUAGUGACUGCUGUCUGACAUUAAAGAGAGAUUGGCCGUGAGAAUGCGACCGAGAAUCGUCUUCAGCUGGUACAAUAGCGUAGCGCGAUCUAGACCGUCAAGGCACACCUAAAUUUUCCAAAUAAUUAUAUAAUAUGUCUUUGAUUUUGCUAUAAGACAUUACCUUGGGAUUUCUUAAUUUAUUAAGAAUGCGGUGGCUAAAUGAGAAGAGCCUAUGAGCAUUCAAUAAAUUAUUUAUUAAAAGCAAGGUAAGAAUUUAAAAAAUAUAAGAGAGAGAGAAAGAGAUUCUUCUUUUAGAAUUCAAAUCGAGACAUUACUCAAGAUUAGCAAAUGAUUAUUUGGCAAAUUUAGCUGCCGAUUUAAGUGAAGUAUUUAUUGACCAAUGAUCUUGCCAUAUAUAUAAAUAUAUUAUUAAUUAUUAUUAUUAUUAUUAUUAUUAAUGUAUCAUAAACAAUGGGCGUUGCAGAUAUGAAAUCUUCUCGAGAGAGUUAGCGAAUUAAAAUAGUUAUUAUCCGACGAGUCAACUAUUAUUCUUUGCACCCCAAUUACACCCCACGUACAUCUUAUCUCUUCAUCUUUCAAAUCUUUCUCGGCCGCUAUUUCACCGUUUAGUAUCUGUCCGGUAUAAUCACUAUCGUAUUACUUACAUUAAGCACAUCGUAUCCAUCUCAUGUUAUCGCCUGCCUAAUUGUUAAAUAAAUAAUUCACAUAUCACAUCAUUUGCUUCUUUUUCACUUACCGUCGAUAUCAUAUUUUUUUUCUCAUUAUAACGAAGAUCGAUUUUUCAAACUUUUUUCGAUCUUUAGAGUUUCACAUCCUUAAUUUUCUUGCGUUCUGCAAUUAUUUUAUUAAAUUAAUAUCAAUAAGAAUAACAUUUGUCAUUUUUGGCUAGAAAUAUGUUUUGAGAUUUAUAAUUUAAUUUUAUUAAUUUAUAUAUUUCUUAUGUUUCUUUUUAUUAAUUCUAAUCAUCUAGUUCCUAAAAGCAAUUUUCCGCCGUGGGAAAUAAGAUUUUAUGUUUUUCGCGGUUCGUUACGCUCACCCUGGUUAAUUACACAUCGUUGGAUUUAGUGGUGCUCCAGGCACGGAAAGUUAAUCGAGCACGUAAUAAGAACAGGAAGUUUAAUUUGUUUUCUGUCCAACGGCUUUCCAUCUCGCCUUGAAAAAUGCAGGUAAGCAAAUUAUUGCAAAUUAUAACAUUAAGUAUACUAUUAAAACUUUGGUAUUAAAAUUUUAAUUUAUACUCAUUUAUACUGCAUUUUUUUCGAAGAAAUUAUUUUCGAUUAACAAAGAAGAUGCUAAGAGGCGUUUUGUCUGCUCGAGGUUCUAAGAGAAAACGCGAUGUUCUACAUGCAGCUUAAUAACUCGAGGGUAUUAAUUUAAGCCCGUAACACGUGGGCUUGCGCAUUUGUUUUCCCGACGCAGGCGGAAGUAACGCUAACGAGAUGAGAAAACGAGCAAUUAACUUCGUCACUUCGACCGAGAAGGAAACGCGCAGAUGAUCGACGCGCGCGUUAUCACGUGUAAAGCAUAUGCCGUUCAUAGUCCGCGUCUGCUUUAAGACAAAUAGUGUGUGCAUAUAUGUCUUAUAGCCUUUAAUAAAUUAUCACUACUAUCUCGAGUUUUUAUGGGGCAUUAUUUGAUUCAGCGAUAUUACAUUCAAAACAAGAAUCUUUAUAGGAUGGUUUUGCUAUAAGAAACUAGUCAAUUUCAAUUUCACCGGAGAGAAAAUAAACCUCUUGCUUUUUAACAUGUUCAAUACAAGAAUAGAGUCGGUUUUUGAGAUACGCGCAAUUUUGUUUUUAUUUAAUUUUCUUUUAUAAUUCAAAAAGGUAGAACAAAUCAAUAAUUUAAAACGACAUAUUAAAAAUAUAUUAUAUCUU